UCUAUUUCUCUUUCUUUUUUCACUUUUUCUCUCUUUUUUCUUUCCACGUCAUUUCCCUUUUGCUAUCUUACACCCCCAUCUUCCCCUCUUUAUUCCUUUUCAGCGCACGUUAGUCCCCCCACCCUUUGCAAAUUUCCCAAUCUCACAAACCCCAUUUUCCUUUCCAAUUUUCAUCCUUUUGGGUCCCCAAAAAUUUGAUUUUUUUUUCCUUAGCUGUUAGAUUUUUGGAUAAAUUUGAUGAUGAGAAUAGCUUAUGAAUUUCAUACAUCUAGUUAAUUAAGGGUUUGUGUGAAAAAUUUGAUUUUGGAUGGAGGUUAGGUUGUUACAUUGAGUUGUGUGUAGUUUAGGUUAAAGGGGUUGAUUUGAGAUGGAUACUGAAGAACUUAUUGAUUUAAACAGUAAAGAGCUUAAUUGUGGUGGAAAUAAUAGCAAGAGUGGUGAUGGAUUCAUUGAUAGGAGUAAAGUUAGGAUUUUGCUGUGUGAUAGUGAUUCCAAGAGUUCAGAAGAGGUUUUUACUCUUCUUAUUAAUUGCUCUUAUCAGGUUACGUCUGUAAAAUCCGCACGGCAAGUGAUUGAUGCAUUGAAUGCGGAAGGACAAUAUAUAGAUAUCAUACUAGCGGAAGUUGACCUUCCAAUCAAAAAGGGAAUGAAGAUGUUGAAGUACAUAGCACGGGAUAAAGAACUGCGCCGAAUCCCUAUUAUAAUGAUGUCUGCACAAGAUGAGGUAUCAAUUGUUGUUAAGUGCUUGAGGCUCGGAGCAGCAGACUAUCUAGUAAAGCCUUUACGUACUAAUGAACUAUUAAAUUUGUGGACCCACAUGUGGAGAAGGAGACGCAUGCUUGGACUUAUAGAGAACAACAUCUUGAAUUAUGAUUUUGAUCUGGUAGCAUCAGACCCUAGUGAUGCCAAUACAAACAGUGCCACCUUCUUCUCUGAUGACACAGACGACAAGUCCAAAAGAAGCAAUAAUCCCGAGGCUGGAAUUUCAAUCCAACAAGAACAGGCGGAAAUUUCAAUCCAACAAGAAGAGGCUAGUAUUGCCACUGCUGCUGCUGUUAUUGAGGAGCAUCCAUAUGUUCAUGUAUCAGAAUAUCAGCCUGAUGUACCUGGAAUUAGUGAUCGAAGAAGAACAGGUUCUUCAGCACCGCAUCCGCCGUGCAACAGAGUUACAAAUAGUAGCUUUGAUGGUCCGAAGAAGAGUGAACUUAGAAUUGGAGAAUCAUCAGCCUUUUUCACUUAUGUCAAAGCAACAACAAUGAAGAGAAACUUGGAAGAGAUUGCUCAUUUAGACAAUAGCGGUACAUUACUAGUGAGGGUGGAAGAUAUGAAUCAAGCAUGUUCUCAACAAGGGGGUAAUGACCUUAUAAGACAUGAAAAUGGAGAAACGAUUGAAAGCCAUUCACAAGAUGACUUACCUAGAAGCAAUAGUAUCCCCGAUUCUUUCUCUGUUGAGAGAUCGUGUACCCCACCUGCAUCAAUGGAGGUUUCACAGCAAAAUAGUAAUCACAAGGAAAAACAUCCACAAGGGGUGGUUCAUCCAAGAAAUGGAAGUUAUGGUUCUGAGCUCAACCAAUCGGGCAUGCCUGCCCAACAUGCUUAUCCGUAUUAUAUGCCAGGAGUUGCUAAUCAUGUUAUGAUGCAGUCAGCAACGCAUAUGUAUCAAAAGAAUAUCCAGAACCUUCAGAGUCAUGUUAGUUCAUCUAUGAUUUCCCAGUACAAUCAACUUCCCCAAUGUCCACCUCAUGCAACUGGGAUGGCACCCUACCCAUAUUUUCCCAUGAGUAUUUGUUUACAAACCGGUCAGGUUUCUACAGUUCAUCCAUGGCCGUCAUUAGGAAGUUCAACUUCAUGUGAAGCAAACUUAAGAAAAGUUGAUAGGAGAGAAGCAGCAUUGAUGAAGUUUAGACAGAAAAGAAAAGAGCGUUGCUUCGAUAAGAAAAUUAGGUACGUCAAUCGGAAACAACUUGCAGAAAGGCGGCCUCGUGUUAGGGGACAGUUUGUCAGGAAGUUGAAUGGUAUUAAUGUGGAUCUAAAUGGACAACCUGCUUCCACCGACUAUGACGAUGAGGAUGAAGAGGAGGAAGAAAACAAUGACACCAGAGAUUCCUCUCCUAAGGAUGCUUGAGAAGGUCAAUUUGCCUCUGUCCCAUUAAUUCCUCCCUGCACUAAAAUUGUCCUAUGCAGGACUUGCCUCUGAUCCUUGCUUUGAUGGAAAGUUAUUGUAUUCGCUUUAGUUGACGAGCGCGUGCCUUUGAUUAAAAUGCUGAUCCAAUUCCACUGGGCACCCUCAUCCUGUGGAGUUCAGACAAACUCUUGCUUGGUCUCUUUUGAAUAUCACUUCUUCAAAUGAUUCAUCCUACUGAGCUCUUGCAGAAGGUGAACCUCCUGCUGGCUAUGUCCAAUGAGUUUAAAAGUUUUACACUUAUGUUUAAUUGGAACUGUUUGGAGCAGGCUGUGGUUUUCAUAAAUAUAAAUAUGUCAGACACCUUUAAGUUGUCCCAAAAAAUGAGUUUUUUGUCAAACAAAAUUCACAAUCAGUCAAAGCAUUUCCCCCUCCCUUAUAUUCUUUCUAGAA